UAAUAUUUUCUAUGGAAGUGUUGUCAUUAGAAUUCUGCGACUUUCAAUCCUUAUUUCUCCACAUGUGAUGGGAUUUUGAUGAAAUUUGCAUUCUUAGUAGAAGACUGGUGAAAAGGACAUGCCAGAUACUAAAGAGAGGCCAAGUGAAGAUAUUUCCUCCAAGUCACCUACACACAGCAUUCAGGAGGUGUCUUCCAAGCCUCCCCCGGGCCCGUCGUCCGUCUCCACCAAGAAGGGCCCUCAGCCAGCUCAGGGUGGGGACUCCAUCAAAUAUGGAGAGCUCAUUGUCCUGGGGUACAAUGGGCACCUGCCUAGUGGUGACAAGGGACGGAGAAGAAGCAAGUAUAUUUUGUGGAAGAGAUCACGGGCAAAUGGUGUCAAACCCUUCCGUAAACAUCUUGUCACUAGUCCCCAGUCCUCCAAGGCGGUGCAGGAUACUGCCCAACACUCGGUGUCGUACACUCUCUCCAGGAACAAGGCUGUCAUAGUGGAGUACAAGCAGGAUGAGGAUACAGACAUGUUCCAGAUUGGCCGAUCUUCAGAGAAUCCAAUUGACUUUGUUGUCAUGGAUACCAUUCCUGGGAAUCAGCGAGGAACUACAGAAAACAUAACACAGAGCACAAUAUCCCGGUUUGCAUGUAGGAUACUAGUAGACAGGAACCCACCAUAUACAGCCAGGAUAUAUGCUGCUGGAUUUGAUUCAGGCAGAAAUAUUUUUCUUGGUGAGAAGGCAGUCAAGUGGUAUGCGGGUGAGGAGAUAGAUGGCCUGACCACCAACGGUGUGUUCAUCAUGCAGCCGACUGGGGGCUUCACGCCAUCUGCCAAACCAGGUGUAUGGCGGGAAGUGUCUGUCGGAGGAGGGGUGUUUCCACUCAGAGAAUCCCGGCCUUCACCACUUAAAAGCUGUCAGAUCUUAGAAGAGGACAAUAUCCUUCGUGAUGGGACGCUAGUCGACCUAUGUGGAGCAACACUAGUGUGGAGAUCGGCCCUGGGUCUUAUAACCUCUCCUAGUGAACACGAGUUUGAACACAUGGUGCGACAGAUCAAUGCUGGCCGGCCCCAGUGCCCAGUUGGUCUGAACACUCUGGUGUUGCCAACACGAGGAUCGCUCAACCUGCGAGAGAGGCAACCAUACGUCUAUCUCAAGUGUGGACACGUCCAUGGGAAACAUGAGUGGGGACAGCAGGAUGCAGACGACACUCGGACCUGCCCUCUUUGUCUUACUGUGGGACCCUUUGUGAAGCUGCAGAUGGGCUGUGAGUUGAGUCUGUAUGUUGACGCCGAGUCUCCCACCUAUGCAUUCAUCCCAUGUGCACAUGUGGCCUCGGAAAACACAGUCAGAUACUGGUGCCUUGUGGCAGUGCCGCACGGUUGCCAUGGUUUCCGAGCAAUCUGCCCUUUCUGUGCCACGCCUAUUGCAUCUGCCCCUGGCUAUGUGAAGCUCAUCUUCCAAGAUCACACAGACUGAUGUCUACUGCAUUUACUGCGUUGUGUGGGUGGUAGGAUCAGGCUGCCAGGCCUCCUGUCUGUGUCUGUGUGUCUGUGUGUCUGUCGGUACUUCUGCGUUGGCCCUGACUGGCUCAGGGUGGGUGUGACUGGUUAUCUAAGUGUGUUUAAAGGAGUAACUACAACUGUAUAGUGAGUAAUAGCUUAGCUAGAAUCUACCUCCCUACUUCGUGUAGGUGACAAAAGGUUCAGUGUGUUGUGUUGCUGAACCAGUAUUUUUCCCACUGCAUAAAUUCACAUUCAGUGACAUGUAUAUGGUUUCACUAGGAACAUUUCACCGAUUUAUCUCUGGCAUGAAGAUUACACACUUGUCUGUGCACAGGAAUUUUCAAAGAAAAUGGACUCUGCACUAUAUUGUUACCAUGGUUACAUGUGAUGAGCUUAUGAUCAAAAGCAACAUGUUGAAUUUAAAUUCAAUAUGCUAUUGUCCGCUUUCAUAUAUAAUAUGUAUUAUGUAAUUUGGUAAUAACCAAACUAGAAAGAUUGUCAAAAUCCUUUUUCCAAAUGACUGCUGUAUGUAUGUAUACAAGGUGCUGGUGUGAACUCAUGCUGUGGUGGUCGAUGUCAGUUUAUCAUCCUGAUAAACCACCGCAGGUAAAUAUUUGGGGCAGCACUGCAAAGGUUUGGGGUUGGAUGGAAUUUCCGAAAGUCGACACAUCUGAUAUGCAACUUAGAUAUAAACUUUCCUUGGUAUCUUUGACUGUACUUGCCCUAAUUCUGUUGGACCAUUCUGUCAUAUAUCCCUAAUACUCUGAGACAGUACAAACAAAUCUGAGUCAGACCACCAGAAAUUGAUUUGGUCUUGCAGCAGCAUUGAAAGGCUGACGGGUAUUUUUGCUUUUUUAAAUUUCCAAUAGCGAUACAGAAAACCACUAAAUUUAUGUAAAGCGUUGAAUCACCUGAACCUGUAACAGUGCUCAUGGAUGAAAUUACAUACCGGUAGUUACAUUUUUGCUUUGUCAUUUAAAAAAAAAUUCAAUUGUGGAUCAGAAAAUUUAACAAUGCAUAACCAAUAAUAAGCAUCCAGAGUUCACUGAUUUUGUUCUCAUUUGUUAAAUGCUUUUUUAGGGAUAUUUGUAGCUCAGUUUGGUCAUUUAAGCUGCAGUUGAUAUAAUAUUAAUCAUUUUCUUGUGGUCUUGGAAAUAUUAUUUCAGCCAUUUGUUUGAGACUGAUAUAUGGAAAGCUUUGAAUCACCUGUAACAGUACUGAUACAUUAAGUUAUAUAGUGAUACAACUGUGCUCUAGGUUACACCUUCCAGGCUAUCAGAAUAACAUGGGUACUCCUGUACUUCAACUGUUAAAACCCUAAUUCUUGUAACCUAGGCCACCAGACUGAUAGAUAUUAUAACCAAGUGAAUAAUUUUACAUUGCUUCCAGUGCACUGCAUGUGAAUGACAGAUGCAGGGCUCGAUUUAGUGCUUUGAUACUUGCACGGGUGCAACCCAAUAUUACAAAGUGCA